AUGGCCGUGAAUGGUAAUGAUACAUCAACUGAUGAUCGUUUAAAACAAGCAUAUGAAGUUUUAUCUAAACGAAAUCAUAAUCGUGCAUUAGGUCUUAAAGAUGCUGGAAUUUGUAUACGUGCAGCAGGUUAUAGUCCAUCAAAUAAUGAACUUAAAAAAAUAAUUGAUACAAAAUUAGGUACAACUUAUUCUCAUCAAUUAUUUGAUUUAAAAACAAUUGAAGAUUUAUGUACUGGUUUAAAGAAACGUUCGGAAAGAGAUGUACAUGAUAGUUUACGUUGUUUUGAUUAUGAACGUAAUGGUUUUAUAUCUGCUCAAGAAUUAAAAUAUUUCUUAGGUACACGUGGAGAAAAAUUAAGUGAAGAAGAAAUUGAUGAAAUGUUACGUGAUUUGGAUAUUGAUCAACAAGGAAUGUUAUCUAUUGAACAAGCAUUAUCAUUAUUUUUUGUUGGAGAUUAUACCGAAUAA